GCUGUCGCUGUCGCCGUCGCCGUCGCCGUCCCGGUCCGGUCCCGGUCCCCAACCCCCAACCCCCAUCGGCCUUAGGCACGGGAUGAAUUAGAAAUCUCACAGCGGGACAAGAACAAAGCUUACCUAGUUAGUCGCCGGGACCAAGUGGGAUGGGUGGGUUUGAGGUAGACACGCUCAGUCACCCCUCUCUUCCAAUCACACAACUCGAAGUCGGCAUUCCAGCCAUCUCCCACAAUACUUCCUCCAAAAGGUACCCCAUGAGAAGAAAAUUUCGUUGCGGAGCCUCGAAUCUGGGUUACCGAAGAGCGAAAUACCACCGGCAGAACGGACCCAUUCCUUCCCCGUCUUUGUCAGCAGGUGUGAAAUCAUUAUGGAUCGUCGAGUUUCUCUCUCUCUCUUUUUUUUCCUUUUUUUUUCUUUUUUUUCUCGUUCUUCUAGAACGUCGUUCGCGGGUCUGUCUCCAUUAUGCCCGUGGGCCAAGAUUGGUGGUGGGUCAGUCUCCUCUAUGUACACAUGUAUUCUGUAGAUGUCCGUCUGGCAUGGCCCCAAAACCGUGCAAUUCCCACCUGGGUAUAAGGUAUGCGUUGAGUAUAUAUGUACCUCUGUACCCUGGACACCUAGGUAGAUUGUACAGGCAUGUACCUCGCUACAUAAUAUCUACAGAUCAAGCAGCCCGAGCGAUUGACCAAUCGGCUUCGCUGCUGCCAAAUGGAUGCCCCACUCUGUGCCGCGGCUGGAGUACGUACCCGAAGAGCAACAACAUCCGCACAUUUUCGGCCUCCGGUUUGUCGUACUGAGCCGCCCCUCCUAUCUCCAAGUGCCGUUUCUUAGUUAUUAUGAUGCUACUCUAAGUCGUCUGAUCAUCGUUAUCCUUCUCGUUCACCCCCCCGCUGCCGCCUGCCCGACCGCCCUACCGGGCUUCAUCGGCCUUAUCACUAAUCACCGGUCGCCGACCAUCGACUUCUCUUACAAUUACACAGCCUUCCCUCUUGAGCUCCAACACCCGUCACGCCCCCGUCAUGUCAACCCAGAUCCCUGAUGAACUCAACAUCGCGGCCCCCUUGUCUGUGACCCCAUGAACCAACGUCUUUCGCCCGCGCUCAUUGUGGUCGGCGAGCUGUCAACAAGCUAGAGUCCGCUCCAUAGGGCUACGGUCCAUUAGGCUUGGCUCGGAUCAGCCUCCGUUGGUACGGUGUACAGAAGUAGUGU